AUGACCUUGCACAAUAACAGUACAACCUCGCCUUUGUUUCCAAACAUCAGCUCCCCCUGGGUACACGGCCCCUCGGAUGCAGGGCUGCCCCCAGGAACGGCCACCCACUUUGGCAGCUACAACAUUUCUCGAGCAGCUGGGAACUUCUCCUCUCCCAAUGGCACCACCAAUGACCCUCUGGGAGGUCACACCAUCUGGCAAGUGGUCUUCAUCGCCUUCUUGACGGGCGUGCUGGCCUUAGUGACCAUCAUCGGCAACAUCCUGGUGAUAGUGGCCUUUAAGGUCAACAAGCAGCUAAAGACCGUCAAUAACUACUUCCUCUUAAGUCUGGCCUGUGCUGAUCUGAUUAUUGGGGUCAUUUCAAUGAAUCUGUUUACUACCUACAUCAUCAUGAACCGAUGGGCUUUAGGGAACUUGGCCUGUGACCUCUGGCUCUCCAUCGACUACGUGGCCAGCAACGCCUCGGUCAUGAAUCUUCUGGUCAUCAGCUUCGACAGGUACUUUUCCAUCACGCGGCCACUCACAUACCGAGCCAAACGAACCACAAAAAGAGCCGGCGUGAUGAUAGGUCUGGCUUGGGUCAUCUCCUUCAUCCUUUGGGCCCCCGCCAUCUUGUUCUGGCAGUACUUUGUUGGGAAGAGAACUGUGCCCCCAGGGGAGUGCUUCAUUCAGUUCCUCAGCGAGCCCACCAUCACCUUCGGCACGGCCAUCGCUGCCUUCUACAUGCCUGUCACCAUCAUGACUAUUUUAUACUGGAGGAUCUACAAGGAAACUGAAAAACGCACCAAAGAGCUCGCCGGCCUGCAAGCCUCGGGGACAGAAGCAGAGGCGGAAAACUUUGUCCACCCCACAGGCAGCUCUCGAAGCUGCAGCAGCUAUGAGCUUCAACAGCAAAGUAUGAAACGCUCGGCCAGGAGGAAGUACGGACGCUGUCACUUCUGGUUCGCCACCAAGAGUUGGAAGCCCAGUGCCGAGCAGAUGGACGCAGACCACAGCAGUAGCGACAGCUGGAACAACAACGACGCUGCUGCCUCCCUGGAAAACUCAGCCUCCUCCGACGAGGAGGACAUCGGCUCCGAGACGAGGGCCAUCUACUCCAUCGUGCUCAAGCUUCCCGGCCACAGCACCAUCCUCAACUCCACCAAAUUACCCUCAUCGGACAACCUGCGGGUGCCUGACGAGGAGCUGGGGGCGCCGGACUUGGAGAGGAAGGCCAGCAAACUGCAGACCCAGAAGAGCGUGGACGAUGGAGGCAGUUUCCAGAAAAGCUUCUCCAAGCUUCCCGUCCAGUUAGAGUCAGCCGUGGACACAGCCAAGACCUCUGAGGCCGACUCCUCAGUGGGUAAGGCCACGGCCACCCUCCCCCUGUCCUUCAAGGAAGCCACUCUGGCCAAGAGGUUUGCUCUGAAGACCAGAAGUCAGAUCACCAAGCGGAAGCGGAUGUCCCUCAUCAAGGAGAAGAAGGCGGCCCAGACCCUCAGCGCCAUCUUGCUUGCCUUCAUCAUCACCUGGACCCCCUACAAUAUUAUGGUUCUGGUGAACACCUUUUGUGACAGCUGCAUCCCCAAAACCUAUUGGAAUCUGGGCUACUGGCUGUGCUAUAUCAACAGCACCGUGAACCCCGUGUGCUAUGCCCUGUGCAACAAAACAUUCAGAACCACUUUCAAGAUGCUGCUCUUGUGCCAGUGCGACAAACGCAAGAGGCGCAGGCAGCAGUAUCAGCAGAGACAGUCAGUGAUCUUCCACAAGCGCGUGCCCGAGCAGGCCUCGUAG